AUGUCGACCUCGGACGACGAUGAGUUUGACUCUGUCUUCGACAAUCAAAACUUUCUCGACCCGGAUUUCGAAGAGAGCCUUGCACAAGCGGAAGCAACAUAUACCGCCUCUCAAGCUGUUCACCAGCCUGCCCCAUCUUCAGCCGCCCGCGCCGCUCCACUUACCACACCCAGCUCUUCUUUCAGUCUUCGAUCUCAUCCAUCUGAUCCCGCACGACGCACAGGCUCCCUCGCCCACCCACCAGCCAAGAAGCAACGUCUCGAUCCUGCUCCCUCUAAUCUUAGCCGCGUAGCCGCUCUGCAUGUCGAUCCAGAGCCUGAUCAGGUCAUCGUGCGCGAUCUUCGUGAAGAAGAGUUUGGCGACAAAGAGGACGAAACUUGGUGGGCUGGAAACAAUGCGCUCGAUCAAGUCGAGCAGGCAGCUAUCCGCAUGUCGCAGCAGUUAUCCACAUCGCAGCCGCGCACUUCUACUUCCAAACCAGCCCGAACUGCAUUACGCUCAGCACAAGAUCGAAGCUGGUCCCCGCUUGUCUCCACUCGACCACCAGACCCUGCGCUAGCCGCCGAUCACUCCGCUGAAGAUCACGAGCGCGUGACCAAUGACGAGUUGGAGAAGCUCAGAGCCGAGGUAGAGCAGCUGCGAGCUGCUCAUAAAGCCCACAAAGAGACGGUUGACAGGCUCAAGCAGGAGACGUACCGCAAAUCAGGAGAGGUAGCCGUCGUUCGGCAAAAUCUGACCAAGCUCAACUUGGAAAACUCCAAACUCAGGGAGCGCGAGGUUGUCCGCGAACAGGAGCAUCGAACCACUCUCGAGCGUCUGCAGAAGGACCAGGAGCGUCGACUGCAGCGACUCGAGACAGAAACCGCCUUCCGCAGAGUCGAGCAAGACACAAGCCGACGAAUCUGGCCCUCGAGCGUUGCACGUCUUCCACCCUUAGGCCUGCGUGAUGUUGUUGACCGUAGACAAGAAAGUCAAGCCCGGGCUGGCCUCACCACCCCGACCAAAGCCGACCGAUACGGUGUCCGAGUUGGCAGCAGUAGCUCUGGCCAUCGCCAUAGGUAUGCUGAGAUGGCUGCCGACCGCAAAGAGCCGGGAACACCCACAAGGUCGGAUGUCAGGGCGGCCCCGCCCUUCCCACAGCCUCCCCCCGUUGCCAAUUCCGCCACCAAAGCCAAGGCAUUUCGUGGCUUGCAAAACUCGUUUGCCGACUUUGGACCAGUGCAAGAAAAGAUUCGGCAGCAGAGACAGUCUCCAGCAAAGAUCAGCAAGACAGACGCAUUGCCGCCGGCUGACUGGGACAUGGAUGCUUCCGGAGCGAUGGAAUCAGCUCGAUCGCCACCAGCGCACGAUGACACCUUGAUGAACCUGGACGACGAUUUCCUUCCGGCUCCUCCCAUACACAGGAAUAAUACCGAACAGCAAGAUACCACCCUGGAUCACCAGGAUCAACAAAAGGAGCGCAAAUACCUCGUGGCGGUGUCUGAAAUUCUGUCCCGUCGCAACACUAUUGUCUCGCUCUUGCUCAGCCACUCUUCCGUUCGGGCAGCAUCUCCGGCUUGUUAUCCAUCGAAUCGCUUCAAUCCGUCCUCCUCUCGUCCAUCCGAGCCGACAUCGCACCAGGCCGAGGAAUCCCCUUUCAGCUCGAGCACGCUCAGACGUAUUAUCUCGGCCCAACUCGUUUCCGACUGUCCGCAGCUUUUGCUCUGUCGCUAUAGAAAGGCUGUUGAGACGCUUCUUACCAGCCUCAGUCGAGCUAGGAUCUUAGAAGCGGAAGAACGCGAGAUUGCUUUCCAUGUCUUGUCGGCCGACAACAGCGAUGGCGGUAUCGAAGAUCUCGUCAUUUCCUCAGCGGCGACGCAUCUCUCCAUUGCAAUCGCCUCUUCACUCAUGGCUAUGGCUGGUGUACUGCUGCGUCUGUGUCAGACGGACCUCCUGACGGAUGUGUUACGAUUGGUUUCGUGCCUCAUAUCGACGCUGCCGAGAUUCUAUUCGGAUCUUGAAUGCCUCCAAACCGAUCCUAACGCCAAAAGCGAUGAACUCGCCUUCCUCGGCCUUGGUGAAGUGGACGCGGAGGCGCUGUGGUCAAAGUAUACAACUCCAACUCAUGUGCGCGAGAUUUUGGCUCAGUGCAUCGACGAAUGCCAACAUCCUGAUGCACGCAAAAGUGACGGCUCAAACUUGAGCAAGGAUCAGCCCGCAGUCGAUUAUGAAGACGAUCAACGGACCCAAGGUAGUGCGGCCGCAUCGAAACAAUCAUAUGAUGAUCUGGGGCUUGGCAAUUGGACCUUGUCGUCAGAAGCACGCGAGGAUCUGUUUCAUGCUGUGGUUCAAGUCCUCGAAGCCAUGUCGCAAAGUCCUGAAGCGAGUCUUACAUCGAGCCAUCAUCCUCUACGUCUUCUAUCGCGGCCAGGCGUGUUUCACAAGCUCUUGCAUCCUGAUCGAUCGAGCUCCAUUAUCUUCAGCGUGACUCGGAUGCUGAGCUCGGCUGUUUCUAAUGCCCCGUUGAUUCACAAGUGUCUAGCAUCGAAAUCCGACAGUCAGGGGCAUGGUCGAGCCAGCAGUCGGUCGACCACGGCGCCAAGGGUCAAUGCACGCUUUCCCGUGCUGGAACUCCUCGUCAAGCAUCUGGUCGACCGACGCUUCGACAUGGCAGAGAGCGAAUGGCAUAUGUUGCAUUGCGCCAUCUUGACCUUUCUCACGCAGGCUGCGCUUCGUUCCGCAGACACGCUCAUCGUGCUCGCCGACAGUGCAGCCCUCCUGGCAGCGCUGAUCCGAUGUCUCUCGCUCGAUUCGGACUUUGUGUGGCUUGAGAGUCGCCCGACGUUCAUGCUGCCACCAUGCAUGUCGAAGAUGCGAAGAGCACCAUUCAAACUUCCUUCUACAGCGGCUGGUAAAAGCGAAGCAAUGCCGGGUCUAUCAGGAGCAGACUUCCUAGUUCAGGCAGUAGAACGCAUCGUCAUGGACACGAGGCUUUUGAACCUGCUUUAUAAUUCCCCGCUACCCAUCUCUGCAGACCACACUCACCGAUUCGAUACUUCCAGUGCAGUGAUGCAGGAGCGAACGGGAUCCAUCUCGCUUGCGGCCAAGCUUGACCAACCUGAGACGUACAGCAUGCUCAACGGUAUUCGGCAGAGCUUCAUCGUGGCCCUUUCGCGGAUCGCUUUCUGCUCCGAGCCGGACUGGAUCGCUUCGGAGCGCAAGCUUCUUGCUUCGCUGUUGCGCGAUCUGCGCAAACGCGCUGACCAAGUCCGUCGAGCCAACGCUGAAGACGCUCCGUCAAAGCGCGCUUGGACUUUGGUAGAUGAAGAAAUGGUGGUGGAAGAGGUGCAACAAAACAUUCGUGGGUUGGACAGGAUAUCGAUGCUACUGGAAGCUAUAGCCGAUGUAGCUGGGGAUUUGGCAGACAUUGUGUUGAGCCCAGAGGAGAUCGAUGGUGUUUACGAGCUGUUGGUUUCGGAAGAGGAUGAAGAUGAUGAGGACACGAUGAAUGUGGAUCGGGAAGAUUCGGAUAGGCGAGGAGGGGAUGUUUUGAUGGAUUCGGUCAAGGGCGCAACCGAGGUAGAGGCAGGAAGCGAAACUGAGUCAGAGCCAGAGCUGGUUAUGGAACAGGCGGGGAUGCAAUCCAAAAGGGCCAUGUCAAGGACAAGCUCGAGAGCGAGCAAGUCGGUGUCGCCUACAAAGCACAGGAAUGGCGACAGCGAUAGAGGGGAGAGGGACAGCUUUGAUGUUAUCGAGAUCGACGAUUCUGAUUGA